AAAUACCUGACACCUGGGAAAAGAAAGAAAAAGCAAGAAAGGAUGGAGGCUGGUGAGUUCGAACGGCUCUCGCCCUCCCGCUUUGUCUCCUUCGCCUUCCCCAACCCCCAACCCGGCGAUCCCUACGCCGAUCCCCUCCGAGUCGCCGUCCUCGACUCACCCCUUCCUGGACCUGCGCCGCAGCCUCGCACGGCCGCGAUGCUCGUCCCCCCCGGCCGCGAGGACGACUGGGUCUUCUGCACUGCCGCCGGACAACUUCAGCUCCUCAUCUCUUCUUCAGGAGAUCCAUCCAUCUCCCGUCUCAUACUGAUCGGUGGUCAAUCCUCGUCGACUCUCCCCAAGUGCUACUCCCGUAACGAGUGGGAUCCCGAUUCGGAUCGUCACCACCGGUUCCAGCAACUCCUCACUCCUCUUCUCCUUGCCCUAUCCCCAAAGUCCUCUUUUAGCGAUGGCCUCCCUGAUAUUCCGUUUCUCUCCUUCGAAGACGAUGUUAUUCGUAUAAUUCCGGUGGAGACGUUGGUCGGUCCCUCCGUAGGAGAGAUGCUGGUAGAGGACGUGGUGCUCGAUCGGUCCCAGUCGCCCAAGCUGAGAAGGAGGUUGCGGUUCAAAAGGAUGCCGAAUCUGGUACAGUCCCAAGUGCAUCUUCUUCCCGAUUCCUCUUCUUCCAGAUUUGGGUCAUUUAUGCCGGAGAAAGGAUCGUUGGUACAGCCGUAUCUCAGGCCUAUGGUUGCUAGUCUCUCUCUGAUUUCUCCGGCGGUCGAUCUACAGGUCCAGUCUGGUUUGAUGCCACGGGUUCUAUGUGUCGGGGUGGGUGGCGGAGCUCUACUUAUGUCUCUGAGAUUAAAAUUUGGUUUCGAUGUCUUGGGAAUCGAGGCCGAUGAGCUAGUUCUUGAUCUCGCGAAGCGGCAUUUUGGGUUGACUGAAGACGAUUUCCUUAAAGUUGGUCUUGGUGAUGGGCUUGCAUGUAUCAAAUAUUUAAGCAUGUUGCAGACUGGAAAGAUUGAAGACGUGAAAAAUGGUGAAAUUAGUCUGGAACUGGUGAAAUUGCUGAGAAGAUAUUCUUCUGGAUUUGAUGUCGUAAUGGUGGAUUUGGAUUCAGAAGAUGCCAGCAAUUGUGUCUUUGCUCCUCCUUUGGAGUUUGUUGAGAAAGGUGUUCUUAUGGCUUUGCGAACCAUAAUUAAGGAGCAUGGAGUUGUGACAGUAAACGUUGUUCCGUCCUGCAUGUCCUUUUACAAGCAAAUGAUUGAUGAUUUUGGUAGUUUUUUUUCUGAAGUGUAUGAAAUAGAUGUUGGCAACGGAGAGAACUAUGUCCUUGUUGCGACAGCCUCACCUGUUGAUAUUCUUGAAAGAAAUUCAGAGGAUCCUUUUUUCAAAGAGUUGAAGGAAGUAGUUGGACAAAAGAAGUGGAGUUCAGAAAGAGUUUACAGAUGCUUCUUGAGGAUGUUUCCAACUAUCUCAAGAGCUUGGCUAACAUGUGUUGAUAAGGUCAUUAGGUAAAGAAUGCCAUCAAGCUCAAUCACUUUCUGAGUCAGGAGCCAAGAAGCCACCAGAAUGCUACAUCGAUUCUAAACCGUCAACUGAGCAAAGUAUGGUAAAAUGACUUUCUAGCACAUAUCAAACAGUACUUGUUCCAUUCUGAUCCUUGUGGUCUGUGAUCAUAGUCUAAUUUGUCUUUUGUAAAAGAAAAAACAGUUUCUCAUAUGCUUCAGUAAAUUAUAAACUGACAUUGUGCCA